GGGGGGGGGGAAUACUUCAGCAUGUUCGUUUUCUUUUGUGUGAGGAGGCGGGGUGUUCCUAGCCAAUCACAGAGCAGAGGGCGAGGCUUUUGACUGCUGACGUACGCGAUAAACAACAUCCUUUCCGGGAUUUGUAGUUUAUUAGAUAUUACAUCUUACCAGUCCAGAUCGGGAGCGGACUACAAUUCCCAUCAGUAAGGACACACGCUUUACCGGCUGAUGAAAGAGUGUAGACUCGCGGGUUUGGAUCUGAAAUGCGGCUGAGGAUCUGAAAACCGCGUUAAUUUAUCACGGUUACUUUAAAAAUAAGAAAUAAAAAAAAAACUCUAGAGAAUAAAACGGUUUUGAGUUUAAAGGGAAAAAGGGUCGGUUUGUUGGGUGUGAGGCAUUGUAAAUUGGUUAAUAUUUCCACUGCGGAUCGUUAUUUGAAGAGGAGGAACCGGCUCCAUCCAGAUAUUUCAUUUUGAAGGUUCUACCAGGGGACAUCGGUAUAGAAUUAUAAUGUACAGAUUGCAGCUUCUCGCAAACCGGGGGUUGAUCUCCGGAGCUGUGGAUCAGUGUGCGGUGUUAAGGCGCGCGCCUGAGAAAUGGCGGUGCUCGGUGUGGAGGUGCGGGUUGGCGCGGUACAGCACCGCCGAGGCGACCGCAGCAUCAGCAGCAGCUCUGGGGAAGACCAAGCCGAGAGAGAAGAUAUUGAGCAUGGAGAACCUGAACCCGCAGGUGAAGGCCGUGGAGUACGCGGUGAGAGGACCAAUCGUCAUUAAAGCCGCCGAGAUCGAGAGAAUAAUACAGCAGGGGGGGAAGAAGCCCUUCACCGAGGUCAUCAAAGCCAACAUCGGAGAUGCCCACGCUAUGGGACAGCAACCGAUCACGUUCCUGAGACAGGUGGUGGCGCUCUGCACGUUCCCCGAGCUCAUGGACAGCCCGAGUUUCCCCGAGGACGCAAAGUGGAGAGCACGCCGCAUCCUGCAGGGCUGCGGGGGACAAAGCGUGGGAGCGUACAGCGCCAGUGACGGGGUUCAGUGUAUCCGGGAGGACAUCGCAGCCUACGUCGAGCAGAGAGAUCAGGGAGUACCAGCUAACCGGGACAACGUCUUCCUCACCACCGGGGCCAGCGAUGGCAUCAUGACCGUUCUGAAGCUGCUGGUGUCAGGUGAAGGUCGGAACCGUACGGGGGUGAUGAUCCCCAUCCCUCAGUACCCGCUUUACUCGGCCGCCAUCGCCGAGCUGGGCGCCGUGCAGAUCAAUUACUACCUGGACGAGGACAACUGCUGGGCGCUGGACGUCAACGAGCUCCACAGGGCGUACCAGGCCGCGAAACAGCACUGCCAGCCCCGAGUGCUCUGCAUCAUCAACCCCGGAAACCCCACCGGUCAGGUCCAGAGCAAGAAGUGUAUCGAGGACGUCCUGCACUUCGCCUACGAGGAAAACCUCUUUGUUAUGGCCGAUGAGGUGUAUCAGGACAACGUGUACGCUCCCGACUGCCAGUUCCACUCGUUUAAGAAGGUGCUGUACGAAAUGGGGCCGGAGUACUUUAACAGCGUGGAGCUGGCCUCCUUCCACUCCACCUCCAAAGGUUACACGGGAGAGUGUGGCUUCAGAGGAGGCUUUAUGGAGAUCGUUAACCUGGACCCGGAGGUCAGGGCCCAGCUGGUGAAGCUGCUCUCGGUCAGAUUGUGCCCUCCCGUGGCCGGACAGGCUGCCAUGGACGUGAUCGUGAAUCCUCCUCGACCGGACGAGCCGUCCUUCGUGCGAUUCCACGAGGAAAAAGCAGCAGUGCUGGGAGCUUUAGCAGACAAAGCGAAAUUAACGGAGCAGAUCCUCAACACGGUGCCCGGGAUCAAGUGUAAUCCCGUGCAGGGCGCCAUGUACGCGUUCCCUCAGGUUUUCAUCCCUCCGAAAGCAGUGGAAGAAGCGAAGGCUUUGGGAAUGCAGCCGGACAUGCUGUACUGCCUGCGGCUCCUCGAGGAAACGGGAAUCUGCGUGGUGCCUGGCAGCGGCUUCGGGCAGCGCGAGGGCACGUACCAUUUCAGAAUGACCAUCUUGCCAUCUCCAGAGAAGCUGAAAGUGCUCCUGGAGAAGCUGCGAGAUUUCCACAUCGGGUUUCUGAACCAGUACUCGGACCUACAGGAGCCUCAGUGCAGAGUCCCAGCAUGAGCUGCUGACCGCGGGACGCGUCUGAAAUGUUACCUGACGCACCAAACACACGUAGCGGUAGUGUUGAGUAACAUCUGAUGGACAUAAAGUCCCCAUAAUCUGCUUUAAAUACACCCCGCCCCCCCCCCCAAAAAAAAAAACAAAACAAAAACAUUUUCCCAAGGAUCAAAAAGAAAAGGUGUUUCAUAAUCCACGUGCCUUUGUGCUACUGUAAAAUAAUUCAGAAUGGGAUGAAGUCCGUCUAGUUUAGUUAGGAAAGCUCUGACGCUAAAGCAUGAGAUGAUGAAUUUCUAUUAUAGGAUGUGAACGAGAGCAUAGUCUGAUUUCUCCGUAUUCACAACGUGACUCAUCUUCACUAUUAAACACGCGUUUUUACAUCACAAAAAUUAGGUUUGUUCACGUCAUGUCAAUAUCAAUGUAUUUCUUAGUCUCUCCUUCACGGUACACAAAGCCCCUCCGGUUAUAUCCCUUAGAAACGAAAAUACUGUGUGGCCUUAAAACAUGUACGUAAUUCUGACUUCACAAUCACGUCAUCAAAACCAACGGCCGGGUCCGCUCGCAAACCGGCAUUACGUUACGCUAACGUCUGAGCUAGCGAUUACCUCGUGUAAACUAGCUUUCCAGCAGCCGUACUAGUUACCAUCCAGCUAGAGAACACAAACUACUACACGGUGCGACUGGAACUCGUACCCGUAGCGGUUAGCUACAACAGGCUAUUACAAUUAAAAGAAAGGUUUCGAUUUUCUUAUUUUCAGGUUCCUAUUGUAAAUAGUUUCUGAUUUAUUAUUAUUAUUUUUAUUAAUAAGGGAUGUGAAGAGAGGGGCUCCGUCAUGAACUUUGCUCUGUUUUAAAAAGACUUUUGCACGUCCUGGAAAAACCGCUCCCUGCAGCAUGGAAGUAACGCACACUGGGACCGUGGCGACGUAGUUUCCCAAACGCACAUUUUCAUCAUGUUUGAAGUAUUUUAUUUCUAAAUGUUUCUAAUGUUUCAAAGCUAACUAGAGAAAGGGGCGUCUCUACCUACCUGUUUUUAUUUUAUUAUUAUUUUACGGGGUUUUUUUUUUUUUCUCUUUAGUAAAAAUCCAAAUUUUGCACAUUUUAAACGCACAGUUUGAUUUCUAAUAAUCUGAUUGUUACAUUUUGCGUAUCAGAUAUAGAGACUUGCCAAACCUUUUAUCACUGUUUACAAAAUGAUCAUUAUACGUUUCCAAAUGUGAUGUAAUUUGAAGGAUCUAUGAUAUCGACAUGUUUUACUGACUAUCUGCACGUGUCUAAUCUCAAAGAUUGGACUACUACAUUAUCUUCACUUCACUUCACUUCACUUCACUGAGAUUGCCUUUUAUUUUUGGACGUCCAUGUCCUGGAGUUCAAAUCAACCAAGGCGAAUCAGUUUUGUAUGAAUUUAUUUUUAUUAUUAUUUAUUCCCCCCCCUUCAAUUUUUACACUCAUUGCUUCAUUAACAUCUAAUUUGACUAAUUUCAUGUAGAUACUAAUGAAUCUUCAUGCCAAACUAAAGCUGUCAUUAAAAUGAAGACUGUUAAAUUA